AUGGACUCUGAACACAGAGGGAAAGCAGAGGGUUCAACUGGCCCAGAAGAAGAAACACCACCAAAAGAAGAAACACCACCACAAGAAGUACCACCAAAAGAAGAAAUACCACCAAAAGAAGAAAUACCACCACAAGAAGAAACACCACCAAAAGAAGAAAUACCACCAAAAGAAGAAAUACCACCAACAAAAGAAAGACCACCAACAGAAGAAAGACCACCAACAGAAGAAAGACAACCUAAAGAAGAAAUACCACCAAAAGAAGAAACACCACCAACAGAAGAAGUACCACCAAAAGAAGAAGUACCACCAGCAGAAGAAAUACCAACACAAGAAGAAGUACCACCAAAAGAAGAAAUACCACCAACAGAAGAAAGACCAUCAACAGAAGAAAGACAACCUAAAGAAGAAAUACCACCAACAAAAGAAACACCACCAACAGAAGAAGUACCACCAAAAGAAGAAAUGCCACCAAAAGAAGAAACACCACCAAAAGAAGAAACACCACCAACAGAAGAAUUACCACCAAAAGAAGUACCACCAAAAGAAGAAUUACCACCAACAGAAGAAGUACCACCAAAAGAAGAAACACCACCAACAGAAGAAUUACCACCAAAAGAAGUACCACCAAAAGAAGAAUUACCACCAACAGAAGAAGUACCACCAAAAGAAGAAGUACCACCAAAAGAAGAAAUGCCACCAACAGAAGAAGUACCACCAAAAGAAGAAGUACCACCAAGAGAAGAAAUGCCACCAAAAGAAGAAAUACCACCAAAAGAAGAAGUACCACCAAAAGAAGAAAUACCACCAACAGAAGAAAUACCACCAACAGAAGAAGUACCACCAAAAGAAGAAGUACCACCAAGAGAAGAAAUGCCACCAAAAGAAGAAAUACCACCAAAAGAAGAAAUGCCACCAAAAGAAGAAGUACCACCAAAAGAAAUACCACCAACAGAAGAAGUACCACCAAAAGAAGAAGUACCACCAAGAGAAGAAAUACCACCAAAAGAAGAAAUACCACCAAAAGAAGAAGUACCACCAAAAGAAAUACCACCAACAGAAGAAGUACCACCAACAGAAGAAGUAACACUGUGGAUUUAA